GGUGGCUGUGGUGAUCAUGGUGGUGGUGAUCGCCGAGGCUCCUCCGCAGACCCACAGAGCACCUUUGUGUUGGGUAACCUAGCGGAGGUGGUGGAGCGUGUCCUCACCUUCCUGCCCGCCAAGGCGUUGCUGCGGGUAGCAGGGUGAGGAGAGAGGAGGCGGGAAGCUUACUUCGGGACAUGCCUCGGGCUUGCCCUGGCUGGCGGGGCGGGCAGACACCAUCGGGACCCACGGCUGCCCCCGGCUCCCUUCUCCUCCCCCGAGGUGAUGCCCCCAUCCUCGAGGAAUCUCCUGCUGGAGAGGGAAAUGAACGUUCCUUCACAACCCUUUGUGGUUUGCGCCCCCAGCGUGUGCCGCUUAUGGAGGGAGUGUGUUCGUCGAGUGUUGCGGACGCAUCGGAGUGUGACUUGGAUCUCCGCGGGAUUGGCGGAUGCUGGCCACCUGGAGGAGCAUUGCCUGGUCCGCGUGGUAGCAGAGGAGCUUGAGCAGAAUGUUCACAUCUUACCACAGACAGUUCUUUACAUGGCUGACUCUGAAACUUUCAUUAGUCUGGAAGAGUGUCGUGGCCACAAGAGAGCAAGGAAAAGAACUACUAUGGAAGCAGCUUUUGCCCUUGAGAAGCUAUUCCCAAAACAAUGCCAGGUCCUUGGGAUUGUGACCCCAGGAAUUGUAGUGACUCCAAUGGGAUCAGGUAACAAUCGACCUCAGGAAAUAGAAAUUGGAGAGUCUGGUUUUGCUCUAUUAUUCCCUCAAAUUGAAGGAAUAAAAAUACAACCCUUUCAUUUUAUUAAGGACCCAAAGAAUUUAACACUAGAAAGACAUCAACUCACCGCAGUAGGCCUUUUAGAUAACCCUGAGCUUCGUGUGGUCCUGGUAUUUGGCUAUAAUUGCUGUAAAGCAGGAGCCAGUAAUUAUCUGCAGCGAGUCAUCAGCCAUUUCAGUGAUAUGAACGUCAUCUUGGCUGGAGGCCAGGUAGACAACCUGGCAUCACUGACCUCUGACAAACACCCUCUGGAUAUUGAUGCCACUGGUGUAGUUGGACUGUCAUUUAGUGGACACCGAAUCCAGAGUGCCACUGUGCUACUCAACGAAGAUGUCAAUGACGAGAAGACCGUUGAGGCUGCAAUGCAGCGCCUUAAAGCUGCCAACAUUCCAGAACGGAAUACCAUUGGCUUCAUGUUUGCAUGUGUUGGCAGGGGCUUUCAGUAUUAUAGAGCCAAGGGGAAUGUUGAAGCUGAUGCAUUCAGAAAGUUUUUUCCUAGUGUUCCUUUAUUUGGCUUCUUUGGAAAUGGAGAAAUUGGAUGCGAUCGCAUAGUCACUGGGAACUUUAUAUUGAAGAAAUGUAAUGAGGUAAAGGAUGAUGAUCUGUUUCACAGCUAUACAACAAUAAUGGCACUGAUUCAUCUUGGGUCAUCUAAAUAAAGCCUCCUGUAAAGUGGCUUUCACAAUAUAUAAUUUUUGGGCUCUGUCUUUCCUAGAAAAUGGAAACUGGGAUAUGUGUAUUUCAAAAAAGUAAUAACUACAUGUAUCAGUUUUGUAGCUCUGACUAAAGAUUAUAUUAGGGGUAGUUUUUAAUAAGUUAGAUGAAGGACAACUUCGUAUAUAACAAAACACAAACAGAAUUGAGAACUUUUCCAUAAUGAGGCACAACCCUGAUUAUGGCUGUAUUGUACCAGGUUGUGUAGCUGCUGUGUAAUGUGACUUUUUAUAAAUAGUCUUCUGCAUAGGAAGAUUGAAAGGAUUUAUCAAUAGGAUGGAGAUUUAAGACAUUCCAUGACUACCUCUGCAUUGUUAGAUCUUUUAGCAAAAUCAUGAAGACAUUUUUUUCUCCCUUAAUGGAGGAAAAAAUACAUGGAUAGCUUGAGAAAUCUUUCUCUGCUUUACAGUUUUGCAAAUUUUUUCAGAAGCUAUAACAAAAUUAUUACUGACUUUUUACUUAUUUGAUAAAAAUUAUUUUUGUUCUAGUACCCAAAAUUUUCUUAGUCAAAUAAGUUGCCAAGAGUAAUCGGUAUUUUACUACUUCAUAAGGAAAAAAUAAUUUUCCUUUUCCCUCAAUGAAGAAAUUGUAAGAGAAAAUAAAAUCCUUUUCUUCACCUAGUUCUGUAUAGCUAACAGGCAGACCAGACCAUUACAUCACCUUAUUUUGGUUUUAUACCAAUAAAACAUAACCUUGGAAACUCAGACAGUGUUUUGCAUGUCAUUGCUUUUGGUGACUGAAUGAUGGAAGUAAUCAAUACUUCAGAAAUGAAAACCCAGAAUAGUAGUUGUCAGCUAGUAAAUCCUGCCAUGUUCCCAGUAGAAUGAUUUUUAAGCUUGUAUUUCUAACUAUGCUAAUAUCUACAUGAGAUAUGUUCAUAGAACACCAAUUUUCCCUAGUGACCUUUCUUCACAUAGUGAUUGAUAGAACCUUUGAUUUUCAGCUAGGCACAUGCCUGUAGUAACAAAGACUUCAUUUCCUAGUGUCCCUUGCCAUUGACUGUUGUGGCCAGUGAAAUGUGAGGGGUGUGACUUUUUUUGCCCUUUCUUGAGCUUGUUGCUUGGAAGUGGAUCUGCUAGUGAGACAUCUUGAACUCUCCAGAAGAGGCAACAUUACUGAAGAGAAUCACAUAGAAAGAAGGGGCCUGGGUCGCUGUACAAUUUUGUUGAAGUGCUACCAUACAUGGCUUGGAUUGCCUAUCUCCAUACUGUCUUACAAGAUCGAAAUUAACAUCAAUCUUGCCUCAGCCACUGUUCUUCAUUAUAAUAGAUGUUUAUAUUAGCUUAUUCUACCUAAGUAUGAUAUAUGUCUGAUGUAUGGCUCUUUUGUAAUGGUCAGUGGUUCUAACAGAACAACAGAAAACCUGCAAGGUAAGUGAAAUCAAAGGUAUUAACCUUUCUGCUUUUCUAUUUUUAAUCACUUUCUCAGUUUUUACAUUAAAAGGUUUUCUCUUGCUGUAUAUGUAUAUGAUGAUAAAAAUAAAACCACAUAUUUAUUGUGUGGUUAUCCUAAAUCUUAGUUCCUGAAGAAAGUCCAAAGAAAAGUUUUAGAGUUUUUUAUCUGUGAAUAUUAAUAUCUAGCUUUUAGUUGUUAAACUUUUCUGUUUUUUGACAUUGGUUACUCAUUAUGAAAUGGGUACGCAGUACUCAAAAUUCAAGUCUCUGGAUAUGCCUACAUAGCACAUAAGGAAAAUACUUUGUAAAUUUUCCUUGUCUCUGAUAUUAACAAGUGUUGUUUGAAUACUAGAGGAAAAAGGAUCUGAAAAACUAAA